UUGAAAACCAAACUGUGGUUGAAAUUGAAACUCAUUGUCCUUUGGACCCGGGAAGCUGUUGCUGCAGCUCCCCGGUACAAUUGUCUGGCCUGCCCUCCUCCCAGCCCACCAGGCCCUUCAGUCCUACAGCGGGACUAUGAUGCUCAGCAGCUCUGUGGAGGUGCCCAGCCCUGGCGGGAUGAGCGGCCUCAGCGGGCUGAGCGCGGCAGCCCGGAACGUGGUGCGCUCCUCCAGCAUCUCGGGGGCCAUGUACAGCCUGGACAAGAGUCCCGGCAGCGGAGGCCCGGACUCCACGUCAUUGGCCGGCAACAAGAAGCGGCGCUCCAGUCUGGGAGCCAAGAUGGUGGCCAUCGUGGGGUUGUCGCAGUGGAGCAAGAGCACGCAGCAGCUCAACCAGCAAGAUGGUGGGACGAAGAAGCUCCGCAGCACCAUCCGACGGAGCACGGAGACUGGUAUCGCUGUGGAGAUGAGGAACCGGGUGACACGACAGGGUAGCAAGGACUCAACUGACGGCAGCACCAACUCCAACAGCUCUGACGGAACGUUUGUCUUCCCUACAACGCGCCUGGGGCCUGAGAGUCAGUUCAGUGACUUCCUGGACGGACUAGGCCCCGCUCAGAUCGUAGGCCGGCAAACACUAGCUACACCCCCCAUGGGGGACGUCCAUGUAGGCAUGGUGGACCGAGGAGGGCAGCUGGAGGUGGAGGUCAACCAGGCCAGAGGGUUGAUCCCUAAACCCGGCUCCAAGAACAUCCCAGCGACUUAUGUAAAGGUGUAUGUCCUGGAGAAUGGAAUGUGCUUGGCCAAGAAGAAAACCAAAUUAGUGAAGAAGAAUCUGGACCCCACCUACCAGCAGGCUCUGUUGUUUGAUGAGAGUCCUCAGGGCAAGGUUCUACAGGUAAUAGUGUGGGGGGAUUAUGGGCGUAUGGACCACAAGUGCUUCAUGGGAAUGGCCCAGAUCCUCCUGGAGGACUUGGACCUGUCUGCCACAGUCAGCGGCUGGUACAAGCUCUUCCCUACCUCCUCUUUGGCAGACCCCAGCAUCGGACCCCUCACCAGACGCCUCUCCCAGUCCUCCCUGGAGAGCGCCACCAGCCCCUCAUGCACCUAGACACCCCAGUAUAACCCUCCCCCACAUGCACGGGCACAGGCAGAGUCAUGCAGACACGGACACACGUACUGUAUAUACACAACUACUGUAUUUGAAGUGCAAGACAGGUAGGCAUACACAUAUAUACCCAUCUGCACAUAAUAACUGAUCUCAUCCACAUGAACACACACACUGACACGCUGACAUUCCACUUUUUGCCAUAUUCUCCACAUUAUCAGUAUUUUCAGACGAUUUUAGUUGAACAAAACUAAUUUACCAGAAACAUGUAGCAUUUUUCACCCUUCACAUUUCAACAUUUCUCACCACGACACAACAAACCACCGGAUGCCAUGUUCUGCAUUCCAAUGUACCAGAUCUCCGUGGCAUGACUCAUCCCAGGGCCACCCCGAUGCCAGUUUCUAAACUCUCUAUGCCAAACUUAAGAAAAAAAACAACUUUAUUUUUUAAAACCAAAGCAAUUGUUAUUGUUGUUAUUCCUAUAAGUAGUAGGUAAAGUAGUAUACAAUAUAAAGUAUGGAUAUGUAGCAGAGUCUAUGACUUAGAUGUAAUGCAAAAAAAGAAGAUACAUUCUACACACAUGAGUUGAAGAGUAGGUCAAACACAUAAGUAUACCUGGGCAGCAGGCUUGGAUGGUCACAUAAUGGCUAUUAUGUGAGGUAGCAACACUGCUAUUCUAUAAUUUUCACAGGGCAGAGUUUAUAUAUAGAUAUACAUUAUAUAUAAAUAGAUAGAUAAAUACUUAUUUGUGUUGCGUAUGUAUCGGCUGCAUUCUGCAUGUUUGCUUGCAACCCUCGUAGAGACAUUUUAAAAGUGCUUAACUCUUUUUAUUUAGCUUGCCUUGACCAAUGUAACGGGAAUAUAGUGCUACUUUACUUUGCGAUCCGUCCUGAAAAGGCGUGCACCGGGCUGAGUUAGGGAGAAGGAUGAUGGGGCUUAGGUGACAGGGAGAGCACCAUCAUCGCUAUCUGCAGCAAAAGAGAACAAAUUAGUCGGCCGGCCACACAUUCGCUGAGGAACAAAUUUCUGAUCCUGCCUUCAGCUGUAGAGGGAAGGGCUGUCAUACCGCGAGACACUCGGGGGUUCUAGUGCUCCACAUCCAGGGGGUGCCACAGUCUCUCUCUCUCUCUCUCUCUCUCUCUCUCUCUCUCCCUCUCCCCCUCUGUAUACCAGCACCUAGACUUGUUUGAACUUCCCGCUAAUUUCCCUGGUUUUGAUGUCAUCUUUUUGGUUUUUUUCGCACUCUUCCUGAUUGACGAAGGUCAGAUCACAGCAAGACAUCCAAGCGCAGGCAAAGACAUGUACAUGGAUGGUACCACCUACGACCUUUACCUUCUCUUUGGUCACUCCUCUCUGUCACACUGACUGUAACUGAACCUUUUUUAAAUGUGUAAAACAUGUAUUUUAAAUCCAGAUGUUUUUUUUUUAUAUAUCUGACUAUUCACCCCAGUAUUACUUUGCUAGCAGGGUGAUUGUUAACCUGCCAUAUAAGGUAGUUUUACUUGUUUCAGGUACAAUAUGUCAAAUCUAACCAGUCUUUAAACGUUCUUAUUUUAUAUUUCCAGUCAGGCAGCGUGUGUUUAAAAUGGCACUUUAAUGUAAAUUUUUUAUUGUUUUAAUUAUAAACCUGCAGUGGUUGACCACUUGUUAAAUAGUUUGUUUGAAUUUGGUCACACUGCAUUGAUCAUCUCUGUUUCAAACAAACGCCAGCAUGAAAGUGUAACUUGAGUUUAUAAUGAGUCACAGUAUAAGGACCAGGUCAGUAAAGCCUGUUGCAUUGGAUUUUACUGUUGGUUAAAUCUGAGCAAUUAAAGGGUUUAAUUGGCAAAGAAAAUACAUUCUUGUAGAAAAUCUACAUUAAUUCUUAAAGCUACACUGUGCAACUUUUACUGAGCAACAGCGCCCUCUGCAGCCACACAGGGAAUUUUCUGUUGGGUUCCAUGUCUGUGCGAAUAAGUUUUUUUAUGUAGAGGACGAGUUAGUGAACCAUCAAACUAAUUUCAAAGCUGAUGUUUUAAGAAAAGUUGCAUAGUGUUGAUAUAAAAUGUGACUUUUAAAAGGAGAAAUAAAAAUACAGGUUUUCUAACUUACAAAUCUCUUUCUCAAAAAAGGUAAAUUGACCUGUUGGCUGUUUUAGUUAAAUGUGCAAAGGUUGAGUCUUCACUGACAACAGGUUUAACUGACCUGUUUGCAUUGACUGUUUUCAUUAUUUAUACCUGUAAGUGUUGUGAAUCUUUCUUGAGAUCCAACACCAAACCUGGUAUACAGAUAAAGACACGAAAAGGCUGUCGUAUUUCAGCAACGUUAUGAGAGCUGAAAGUCUUAAGCUACACCCUAUGAAAAGCUAUUGUGUGUUUUUAUGAGCUUGAGUUUGGUUUUUAUCGCAGCCAUAUAUUCUGUCGUCCGCUAACAACUUUCCUUACUCUGUUCCUCGUUUUUGCAAAAAAUGGGAAAGUCUGAGGCAUUUCGUGUUCUCAGCACCUCAGACCAACAGAAUUCACAUUUCAACACACUAAACAUUUGGAAAAAAAGGGAUCUCUGGUAUUCUUGAAUAUUUUGGGGGGAGUGUGAUGGUCAUUUUUGACCCUCCCAUAUAUAUACAACCUUUUUUUCCUCCUAAAAGAACCGUCAAAGUCUGGGUUCCAAUUUCCUCGCUGGAUCUGUACUUGUAUGGUGAUGUAUAUGAAGUAAUUUCAUGUACCUUAUUGAUUUGUAUUGAUCUAUUUUUUUUGUGUGGACAUGCCAUUAGCUGGCAUGAUGUAAAAAUAAGGACUUAUACUCUUGGUAUUUGACCACACUCUCUACGGUGCGCACAUUUUGUGAUGACAAAAAGAAGGGUUGGAAAUGGAAAGAAUAUAAAGUUUGAAAAACCUAAAAGGGAUUUUUAAACCUGUAGAACAUUCCUGCUCAAUGUUUGAUAAGCUAUGAAAAUACUGUCGAUAGUUUUGUCAGUGUGAUAUCUGAAGCUUGUACAAGGUCGUCUGUGUCCCUUUGCUGCGUCGGGUAACCCCAAGAAACACUCUAACAUCUGGUUAUAGGAGAAGAGACGAUUCAAAGUGAUAUAAUUAUCCUAUGAGAGGUGUAUUUAUAGACAGUGGAUCUGCCAAAUUUUGUACAGAUCCUUUUUUAUCCCUGCAACCAAAAGGAUAAGUUGAAAUAUCACCUUUUCUUCAAAGUGUAUUGUGUUUUGCAUUAUGCAUAAUGAGCGGCGAGCCAGCAACAUGUGAGCGAGAGAUUUAAAAAAGUGUAGAUAUUUAUUUAAGAGAAGGGUUUGCAGAUAUGAGCAUCAAAUCUUUAUUGUCUCGUUAUGGCAUUUAACAUAGAUUCGAAAAUUGACUAUAUAGUAUAACAUGCAUUUUCUCACAACAUGGUCAUACACUUAAAGGAAAUUGUUAACCAACGUAAAAAGAUCACUUACUGCAAUUGGUAAAUCACAUUUACAUUUAUCAAUUGUGUUUAUAUAACUUGUCAACUUUAAUUUGAACAAACUAAAUUCAUUUCUGAAGCUGUGCCUCACUGAAGUUGGUCCAACAAUUUUCUCUUUUCAUUGUGUUGGACAUAGUUUACUGUUUUGAGUGAGUCAUAGAACUGUAGCUCCACAUGCAGCAUGGUUAACAGAGCAGGGCAGGUGGUUGGAGAGUUUUCAUUGUCAAAUGUGAAGUAGAUGCACGGUUGGUUAGUUGGUUAGUUGAAGUGCUAGGAGCAGUGUAUUGGAGCAUGUAGAGCUCAGCGCUGGUGGAUUCAGCUCGAGUUUAAACGUGGCUCAGCUGAGAUUUGAAUGUAAAAGUCUGGAUGAUGCUUGGAAUGUAAAACCCACGACACUCGCUUGCUCCCCCGUGAAGAUCCACAUCGAACAUUCCUUUCUAUCCCGAGUGCAGAACUUUACUAAUGCAUCUUCAAUCAACCCCGAGUCGUCUCUUCAGCGCUAUGUCGAAGAUGUAUUUUAUUUUUGUAAGAAGUUUGGUAUCAUUCAGAGAACGUAGGAAGAAGAGCCGGGAGAGGCGCUGCGGGCAAAACCUGCCUUUAGACUUUAGGGGAAAAUGAGGGCUCGUUCAGUUUACAAUGGCCUUACUUUGUGUAGGAGACAUUGCUUCACUAUUGUAGCACACAACUGAAAGUUUUGACAAAUGUAUUUUGCUUGAACUAUUGUACUGAGGUUAUAUAUCUGUGUAUAUGUAUAGUUUUACGAAUGUAUUUCUUAAUCCUUACACCAGAGCUGAGUAUAAUUUACAUUUUUUUGCCAUUUUUCUUUGCUAUACUGUGUCUUCGAAGUCUUUCCAGGGGACGUCACCUGCGUCUUUUCAGGCAGCCCCCUCCCCUCUUACUUUUACUGCACUGUUUAAGUCUUAUUCUCUGCGUGUUCAUUUAAAGAGAACAGCUCUGAGGUUGAUACAAGCAUGAAUUCUGUCUGGCGAAAUGCAUUUCCUUUAUUUAUUCAAAUCGCCACGAUGGGUUUCGAGUUAAAAAUAAAAGGGAUCGCUGCCCCCACCCCCCCUCCUGCACCGAUUACUUAUUGACUAAUCUAUCGAUCAGAUGGAGUUGGUCUGAUUUUUGUACUUUGAACUAGAAAAUGUUUGCCGCAUGGUUCCUCCGAUGAUUUUCUUGUAUUUAAUCUUUCCGAUGGUAUGAUAACAAUGAUUAAUAAUUAACAUAAUAACAUGUAAUGACAACAAAGAUGGCGAUGACGUUACUUAGACCCAGUACCACGAUUAUUAGGGAAUUCAAAUGACAUGCAAAACAUUUGACAAAUAUGCUGUAUUUGUAAGUAGCAUGGACUUUAGCCUAAUUCUUCUGGCAAUAACCAUUGGUUGUGGCCCCCCUCACUGUUUGCUGGGGGCCCCUCACUCUUGGCUUCAGCCUCUUUCUGGGUCCUUACAGAGCUGGUGUUGUGGUGCCACUGUCAGCUGAUGACAAAGAGAAUAUUCACUCAAAUCACAUUUGCAAGCACCACAAGCAAUUCAGACUCAACAGAGCAUGCAAUGCGUUAUGAAUAAUAACUAUAUUCUUAUGAUAGUCCCCAUGAGCAUGCAUUUCAUAUGUCUGUUUACCAAUGUAGCAGGUGUCGGAGAGAACAAAAACAGACAUCACUGCUGAGUUGUGGGACAAAUUGGGAGUUUUUAGCUGCUGAAUAUGUUUGUCUUCAUCAGCGUCUAAAUGUUGGUGAUCACAGCACAAGCUUCCUGAGUAGCCAUUCUGUUCUUUUAGAUGUCAGAUGACAUUAAGGCCACUGUAGCUUCCCCUCCCCACUGUCAAGACAACCUUUAUCUUAUCAAGCCCAGCAAAGCACAAGAUAGCUUGAUGUGGAUUCCAAACAAGACAGGAUCGAAGGGUUUUGAUUAUAUUCAAUGCAUAGCCAUUAUAUUUCCAAGCACACAAAGGAGGUUGAUACCUUGGAAUCCAAAGUAAAGACAGAUGGGAGCAGCAAAAGAUUUGCUGGUAUUGGUAGAUGAAUGGUUGUCUUUUCUAAACUGGCCUUAACCUUUCCACCGCGGAGUGUUCAGAGUAUGUUUCAAAGGGCAAAGUGUAGCAGACUGUCUGAGGAGAAGUUGUUGCUGUUUAUGGCAAAGAA